GAGUAUAUCUCACGAGUGGCAAACAGAAACCGAAACUUAACGGCUUACACCAUAACCCACAGUUCAGGUUUUAAAAUAAUAGUCGCAACGUCGCUAUAUUGCAAGGAGAGUCGUGUAGCCUACAUAUCCUGACUGAAACACUGAAGUACCAUUUGGAAACAAUAUUGUGGAGGACCAUACCAUGAUGCAGGUGGGCCUAGAACAGCGCAAACCACUGAGGACACUCUUCAGACUUCUGUCUCUGUCCAGACCUGAUGUGGUACCAAUAUGUGGGGCUUUCCUGUUCCUUGUUGCAGCUGUUAUCAGUGAAAUGCUCAUGCCAUCAUUUACUGGUCAAAUAAUUGACGCUUUGAAUUCUAAAUUUGAUAGUAACACAUUUGCAAGUGCAAUUUUCUUCAUGGGACUUACUUCUUUUGGAGGCUCUUUCUCAGCUGGAUGUCGAGGUGGAUUGUUCAUGCUCACAAUAUCUAGGCUUACAAAAAGAGUCCGGCAACGUCUUUUUAGUUGUUUUGUUAAGCAAGACAUUGCAUUCUUUGAAACAACAUCAAAAGGGGAUAUCACUACAUGUUUGUCCAGUGAUGCAUCUCUGAUGAGCCGGUCCCUGGCUGCAAAUGUCAACAUCCUCCUGCGCAGCCUUGUUAUGACUAUCGGCAUCUACUGUUUCAUGAUUCAGCUCUGCUGGCCCUUGGCCUUGCUCAGUGCGCUUGAGUCACCAAUUACUAUCACUGCUGAGAAAAUAUACAACAAGUACUAUCAGGGGCUGGUCAGCUCAGUGAAAAAAUCCAUAGUAAAAAGUAACCAGGUUGCUGGAGAAAGCAUUUACCAUAUCAGAGCUGUCAGAAGUCAUGGUGCUGAGAUGGUGGAGCAGAAGAUGUAUAACGGCAGACUGGAAGAAACACACCAUUUUAAAAUACACAGAGAUAGUGUCAGAGCUACUUACUUGCUGUUCAUGAGGUUAUUCCAGUUAGGUAUGCGGGUGCUGAUCUUGUGGUACGGGCAUCAAAUGAUCAAAUCUGGGCAAAUGACACCUGGAAACCUUGUGUCCUUCAUACUCUAUCAGAUGGAGAUCGGAGGCUAUGUACAAACAUUAGUUGAACUACAUAUAGACCUUAUAGAAUCACUGGAGUCAGCUGAUAAAGUCUUUGAGUAUAUGGACCACAAACCAUCUGUUUUAUGUGGUGAUCUUGCACCUGACCAGCUCAAGGGACAUGUGAUGUUUAACAACAUUAGCUUCUCUUAUUCAACAUGCCCAGACCAGAAAGCACUGGAGAAUGUCUCAUUUGAAAUGAAACCAGGGUCAGUUACUGCACUAGUGGGUGUCUCAGGUGGGGGAAAAAGCACCUGUGUAGCCCUAUUAAAGCAUCUUUAUGAGCCCCAGUCUGGUGAAAUCCUCCUGGAUGGAAGGCCCCUAAAGGAUUAUGAUCACAAGUACUUUCACCAAAAGGUAGCUGUUGUGAGCCAAGAACCAGAGCUCUUUUCCUGCUCUAUUCACAACAAUAUCACUUAUGGACUUGGCAGUUAUUCAGAAGAUGUGCUGCAGACUGCAGUAAAACAGGCUCAUAUUAACAGCUUCGUACACUCUUUGAAAGAUGGCUAUGACACAGAGGUUGGAGAGCGUGGUGGUCUUCUCUCUGGGGGUCAGAAGCAGCGCAUUGCUAUUGCCAGAGCUCUGAUCAGACAACCUCAGAUCCUCAUACUGGAUGAGGUCACCAGUAGCCUGGACACUGAGAGCGAAAAGAUGAUCCAAAAUGCCCUGGCAUGUUUCACGACUCAAACCAGACUGAUUGUGGCUCAUAGGCUGAAGACCAUUGAGAGUGCAGAUCAAAUAAUAGUGAUUGAUAAAGGCUCGGUAUCUGAGAAAGGCACCCACAUGGAGCUGAUGAAGAAGAAAGGAAUCUACUACAAAUUAAGAGAGAGUCGAUUUAAUGAAGACAACACUGAGACUACUUGUUAACCGAUUGAGAAAUAAUAGAAAAGAAUUCACAUCCAAGGCAAGGGUGCAGGACACAGUGUAAAAAAACAUGGAAAAGAGUGGAAAUUUCCACACACUGAUAUUAAGUUUUGACCUUAUUUUCCUCUUCACCAAAUACAUUGAAAUAUAUUUAUGUAUAAACACAUUGCAUUAGCACAUUUAGCAUAUUUUGCAAAAAUAGAGCAUAUUCUGCUGUAAUCUGUUUAUAUUACUUCUUUUGUUUUUUUUUAAUUCUGCAGGAUUUUAAUUAGCUAUUUGAAACCAUUUCACAAGGAUGAGUAGGCCUAUAUUUAUAGAAACGGCAUGCUAAUCUAAUGUUCUAAUCUGGUUUUUAUCAUCAUUACUUUUAAGAAAUUAAAAACAUAUUUUAGAGAAAUAUUUAUACCAUGGUCUCUAUGAAUACUCAAUUGUGAUUGGCUGGAUGGUGUUCAAUAAAACCAUUGAAUGCACAGGUAGUUCCAAGUCAGUUUAAUCCCUGUUCUAUAGACUAUUUGUGACUGCAAUGAUUGAACAAACAUUUUUUGGUUUAUUGAUAUUUGGUUUAUUGAUUACUAUCAGGAUGUGAAGAGAGUUUCAACCAGUAUAACAAAAAGUGUUUAUGAACAACAUUGCCUAUGUAUUUAAGUAUCUCAACCAGCAAGAGAGAUAAAAUCUACACUCUUAGAAAGGAUGUGUUAAAACUGACUCAAACUGUGUUAAAUUCUUACACAUCAAUGGGUGAGUUUUUUGUGUUGAUUUCUACACAGUCACUGUGUUAAGGAUUUUAACACAGUAAAUGUGUCUGAAAGGUUAACACAAAGAUGUGUAAACAUGUGCAAAAGAUGUGUAACAUUGUGUUAUCCUUGGCUUUACACAUUGUGUUAAAAAUGUAUCUAAAAUCCUAAACAAAAUGUUAGCAUUUGAAAAAAUGAAUGUAAAGUCAUUGGUUGUCUUUCUUAUUGUCAAUUUAUUACAAUAAAAUAUCAAUAAUUAAAUUCAA